AUGCGCAUACCCCAAGUGCAGGAUAACUUCAGUGCACCAUGUCGGACGAGGGGCACUUUUCCCGCCCGUCCACGUCGAGGCCGCGCCCAGACAACCCAAGGCGCAGGCCCCGACCGCCAGGGUUCGGCACACGUCUGCCCCGGAGCGAGAGGACUCCGAGACUCAUCACCGCCACCGCAACCGCGCCCACCGAAGAGCGCUCGGCCACAAACCUCCUCCGACAACACCGAUCUAGAGGAGAAAAUCCCACGACGGAGUCCUACCCCGGCACACCCGAAGGACGACGCCACGGCUAAGGCCGCGAUGUUAAUCCGUGACGACCCGCCCCUCUCUCCAGAUGAGGAGCCCCAAUCGCAUGCCAGCACCAGCGGCUGGUCGAUGCGUCAGCAUUACGGCGCGGAGAGUAGCGGGGCUAGGACCGACUCAACGUCAUACGCGACGUUGGACCCCGAGGUGGGGGAACACUCCCGCCCCGCCGUGUCGUCGCCGAGCUACGCGGCAAUGGCGUCCGUUCCGCCAUCACCCAAUGCCGCCAGGCCAGUUGAAGACGGGCGCCAGGAAGCAGAGGAGGAGCGCCCACCCCAGAAACCACCACCACAAGAGGAGCUGCCACAGACAGCAGCCGUACCUUGGAUGCAGGAG